UGCGUGUUUGGCGAACGAAUGAAAUGAAAACAAGCUAUCAGACACGCAGAAUCGUAAAUUGCCAGCUUGCUUUGACAUUGUUCAAAGCUUCCUGGGAUUGUUGGCAUGUCGUUCUUGUGACCUUGCCAUCUUAAUCCCGUGUUGUGUUGAUGAUACUUCGUUUCAUUCAGGUUGAACAUUGAACCUUGUUUAACUUAUCUCCUUUUUUAUUUGUUUGUUGGCAGCUACUUUUAACGAUCUCGACUUAUAUCAUUGGAUUUGUAGCACUUCAAGAUCAGUUUGCCACGUAACACUCGUCAAGGAACACGAUCCUUAAAAACAGACCAAGGAUCUCCAAAAGUGGGAAAGAAUGUCAUCUGAGACGGAACAGCAGAUGCUCCUGAAAAAGGGCUUGUCCAAAAAAGGUCUUCAGUUAGCCGAGGCGUUGAAUAAACAAAGAGCCUUGCUGCGUCCAGAGUUCAAAUCCUUGUUCAGUUCGGAUGGCCAAGGCAUGGCCAGAUCGGGCAGCUUUUUGGACGGCUACUUCGUCAGCUCGGGUUAUGAUGCAAAUAUCGGGGCUAAACGGGAAACAGAGCACAGGAUUUUUGUCAAUCGAAGUCUGCAUUUAGAGAAGAUCAAGUUCUUUGGAUUCGACAUGGACUACACUCUGGCCGAGUAUAAGUCCCCUCAAUUCGAGAUUCUUGGAUUCAAAAUGCUCGUGGAUCGAUUGGUUGAGAUUGGCUAUCCGGAUAUAAUCCAAGACUUUGAGUACGAUCCCACUUUCCCCAUUCGAGGCCUGUGGUUCGAUACUCUGCACGGAAAUUUGCUCAAAGUGGACGGUUUCGGCAAUAUUCUGGUCUGUGUUCAUGGCUUCGAGUUCCUAAAACCUCAAGAGAUCAGCGAGAAAUAUCCCAAUAAGUUCAUCCAAUUGGACGACAGCCGGAUUUAUGUCCUGAAUACCUUGUUCAACGUUCCGGAGACGUACAUGUUGGCCUGUAUCAUGGAUUACUUCACCAAUUCCUCGGAGUACAAAGAAGUGCCUCAGGGUUACAAGUUUGGUGAUUUGCUCAUGAGCUACAAGUCCAUCUUCCAAGACAUCCGCAAUGCAGUGGAUUACAUCCACAUGAAUGGGGAAUUAAAGCGUCGAAUCUGCGACAAUCUGCCCGAAUAUGUGAAGAAAGAUUCCAAUUUGAAUACCUUAUUGAAGCGACUCCAGCAAGCGGGUAGGAAAACCUUCCUGUUAACCAAUUCCGAAUGGUGGUAUACGAACGAGGUGAUGAAUUAUUUGUUGGACGACGGGAGUGGUGAAUCCUGGGAGAGUCACUUCAAUUAUGUGAUCGUGGAUGCGCAGAAGCCAAGCUUCUUUGGCGAAGGAACUGUUUUGAGACGAGUUGAACGAUCAACUGGCAAGCUGAUGAUUGGCCGACACACCGGUGCCAUUGAGGAGGGCAACAUCUAUUCGGGUGGAUCUUGUGAAGUGCUCUCCAAGAUGAUUGGAGCCAAGGGAAAGGAUGUCCUGUAUUUCGGCGAUCACAUCUUUGGGGACGUGCUCAAGUCCAAGAAGCUCCGGGGUUGGAAGACAUUCCUCAUCGUGCCUGAGUUGAAUUCUGAGCUUCACGUCUGGACCGAUAAGAACAAAUUGUUUGACCAACUUCAAGGUCUCGAUGUUCAACUCGGUGAACUGUACAAAAACUUGGAUUCAGCGGCUUCCGAGAAACCUGAUAUUUCCAAUGUUCGUCAAGCCAUGCAAGAAGUCAUCCACGAAAUGGACAUGUCCUACGGUCUCUUGGGAUCGUUGUUCAGAUCAGGAUCCAGGCAAACCUUCUUCUCGUCUCAGGUUGUAAGAUAUGCGGAUCUUUAUGCGGCGUCCGUUCUCAACUUGGUCCACUAUCCAUUCAGUUACAUGUUCAGAGCCCCAGCCAUGCUCAUGCCACACGAAUCCACUGUGACCCAUGAACAAAAGCUCUCUCGAGAUCAGGUCGAAAAUGCCAUGGCCAAACGAAAGGAGUUUAUUAAUCGACGUACCGAGAGUCGAGUGCCGAAUCCUUACGCAGAAGAGCCUUCUUUGAUCACCCAGACCCACGAAUUAGAUGAUGAUCCGGAGGAUGAUAGCACGGCCUCCUCCAAUUAGUUAAUUGAUGAAUGGCUCGCCGCCGUCGAGAAGUUGUUGCCUUUUUUUCCCGUCUUGAUCGAAUCCUUGGCUUCGAAUUCAUCACUCGAAACGACAGUAUUUGUCCGCCAGAAGGCCAUUUCAAAUCCGUAACUCGUGUUUGUGUUUUUUUUCUUUCGGAAUAUCUCUCUUGUUUUCAAGAAGAAGAGCAUUUUGUGCGAAAUGUCUAGGUGCUUGACAGACAGACACACCUUGGACACGUAGACGAGGGCUACAAAAAAUUUUUUUUAGACCAUAUCUUACUAGUGCCCCCUCUUUUUCUCUCUUUCUCAACUAUUAAUCAAUUGCAACAUUCGCUUGCAUAUUGCCUUACAUCACCAGGACGAUUGUCGAGUUUGCCAAUCAAAAUCAGAACAAUAAAUGCAUCGAAAGAA